AGAGGAGACGUUCCUGGCUGGGGUGUCAAGCUUGGCCUCAGGUGGAGCUCCCGGGGAGCUUAGGUUGCCAGGGUUGAAACAGAUGCAGAAUCCAAAGGCAGCGCAAACAGCCUCCGAUUUUGCUAUGCCUCUGAGCUGCAAGAUAAUCAGACAGCUCAAUGGAGUCUGAGCAGCUGUUCCAUAGAGGCUACUAUAGAAACAGCUACAACAGCAUAACAAGUGCAAGUAGUGAUGAGGAACUUUUAGAUGGAGCAGGUGUUAUUAUGGACUUUCAGACUUCUGAAGAUGACAAUUUGUUAGAUGGUGACACAGCAGUUGGACCUACUCAUUAUACAAUGACAAAUGGAGGCAGCAUUAACAGUUCUACACACUUACUGGAUCUUUUGGAUGAGCCAAUUCCAGGUGUUGGUACCUAUGAUGAUUUCCACACUAUUGACUGGGUUAGAGAGAAAUGUAAAGACAGAGAAAGGCACAGACGGAUCAACAGCAAAAAGAAAGAAUCAGCUUGGGAAAUGACAAAAAGUUUGUAUGAUGCUUGGUCAGGAUGGCUGGUAGUAACACUAACAGGAUUGGCAUCAGGGGCAUUGGCUGGAUUAAUAGACAUUGCUGCUGAUUGGAUGACAGACCUAAAGGAGGGCAUUUGCCUUAGUGCAUUGUGGUAUAAUCAUGAACAGUGUUGUUGGGGAUCUAAUGAAACGACAUUUGAAGAGAGGGAUAAAUGUCCCCAGUGGAAAACAUGGGCAGAAUUAAUCAUAGGUCAAGCAGAGGGUCCUGGUUCUUACAUCAUGAACUACAUAAUGUACAUCUUCUGGGCCUUGAGUUUUGCCUUUCUUGCCGUUUCUCUAGUAAAGGUGUUUGCUCCCUAUGCCUGUGGCUCAGGAAUUCCAGAGAUUAAAACCAUUUUAAGUGGCUUCAUCAUCAGAGGUUACUUGGGAAAAUGGACUUUAAUGAUUAAAACCAUCACAUUAGUACUGGCCGUGGCAUCAGGUUUGAGUUUAGGAAAAGAAGGUCCUUUGGUACACGUUGCCUGUUGCUGUGGAAAUAUCUUUUCCUACCUCUUUCCAAAGUAUAGCACAAAUGAAGCUAAAAAAAGGGAGGUGCUAUCAGCUGCCUCAGCUGCAGGUGUUUCUGUAGCUUUUGGUGCACCAAUUGGAGGAGUUCUUUUUAGCCUGGAGGAGGUUAGCUAUUAUUUUCCUCUUAAAACUUUAUGGAGGUCAUUUUUUGCCGCCUUAGUGGCUGCUUUUGUUUUGAGAUCCAUCAAUCCAUUCGGUAACAGCCGCUUGGUUCUUUUUUAUGUGGAAUAUCAUACACCAUGGUACCUUUUUGAACUGUUUCCUUUUAUUCUUCUCGGGGUGUUUGGAGGGCUUUGGGGAGCCUUUUUCAUUAGGGCAAAUAUUGCCUGGUGUCGUCGGCGCAAAUCCACCAAAUUUGGAAAGUAUCCUGUUCUUGAAGUCAUUAUCGUUGCAGCUAUUACUGCUGUGAUCGCCUUUCCUAACCCAUAUACGAGGCUCAACACCAGUGAACUCAUUAAAGAGCUUUUUACAGACUGUGGUCCCCUGGAAUCCUCUUCUCUUUGUGACUACAAAAAUGACAUGAAUGCUAGUAAAAUUGUCGAUGAUAUUCCUGAUCGUCCAGCAGGCCUCGGUGUAUAUUCAGCUAUAUGGCAGUUAUGCUUAGCACUCAUCUUUAAAAUCAUAAUGACAGUAUUCACUUUUGGUAUCAAGGUUCCAUCUGGCUUGUUCAUCCCCAGCAUGGCCAUUGGUGCGAUUGCAGGCAGGAUUGUGGGGAUCGCCGUGGAGCAACUUGCCUACUAUCACCACGACUGGUUCAUCUUUAAGGAGUGGUGCGAGGUGGGGGCUGACUGCAUUACACCUGGCCUUUACGCCAUGGUUGGUGCUGCUGCGUGCCUAGGUGGUGUGACAAGAAUGACUGUCUCCCUGGUAGUCAUUGUUUUUGAGCUUACUGGAGGAUUGGAAUAUAUUGUUCCCCUUAUGGCUGCUGUAAUGACCAGUAAAUGGGUCGGAGAUGCCUUUGGUAGGGAAGGCAUUUAUGAAGCACACAUCCGGUUAAAUGGAUACCCAUUUUUGGACGCAAAAGAAGAAUUUACACAUACUACCCUCGCUGCUGAUGUCAUGAGACCUCGAAGGAACGAUCCUCCUUUAGCUGUCUUGACACAAGACAACAUGACAGUGGAUGAUAUAGAAAACAUGAUUAAUGAAACCAGCUAUAAUGGCUUUCCUGUUAUAAUGUCAAAAGAGUCUCAGAGAUUAGUGGGGUUUGCCCUCAGAAGAGACCUGACAAUUGCAAUAGAAAGUGCCAGAAAAAAACAAGAAGGUAUUGUGGGCAGUUCACGUGUGUGUUUUGCACAACACACCCCGUCUCUUCCAGCAGAAAGCCCUCGACCCUUGAAGCUUCGAAGUAUUCUUGACAUGAGCCCUUUCACAGUGACAGAUCACACCCCCAUGGAGAUUGUGGUGGAUAUUUUCCGAAAGCUGGGUCUGAGGCAGUGCCUUGUAACUCACAAUGGGAUUGUCUUGGGGAUCAUCACAAAGAAGAACAUAUUAGAACAUCUCGAGCAACUAAAGCAGCACGUCGAACCCUUGACGCCUCCUUGGCAUUAUAACAAAAAAAGAUAUCCUCCGUCAUAUGGCCCAGACGGCAAACCAAGACCCCGCUUCAAUAAUGUUCAACUGAAGCCCAUAGAUGAGGAGAGAGAGGAAACAGAAGAGGAAGUUCAUUUGUUGAAUAACACAACUCUUUAACCUGAGGGAGUCGUCUGCUUUUUUUUCUCCUUAAAAAAAAAAAGGGAAAUAUAAAAGCCGGGCUUUUGCAACAUGGUUUGCAAAUAACGCUGGUGGAACGGAGGAAUUGUUUUGGGGAGGGGAAAGGAGAGAGAAGGAAAUGAGUGAGGGAUUUCCCCGCCUAACUGUGAGCAGCAAAUCUCCAACUGUUCUGCGCCGAUGCUUUCAGCUGAGGAUGGGCCUAAUAGUGGACACCGGCCGCCGGCGCCCCGGAGCACCCAGUCUGUUACUCCAUCGUUGCAAAGACACAUUUUCAGUCCCUGUUUCUGGAGGGAUUACUUUGAAUUGAGCCAUCUCUAAGACUGCAAGGUCUUGGCGCCCCCCCACCCCAACCCGUCCCUGUCCCCCUCCCCCCACCUCCCGCUCCUUUUUUUAAAUCAAAACUUUUCAGUUUGAUUCAUGAAUUAAAAGAGUUAAACAUUACCGUAUACAUUCCAGAAGAGCUUCUCUGCCCCACUCCCCUCUCCCUGGCAGAAACAAAGCCUCUUUAAAUCGAUGUACCGUUGGAAGCAGUCCUUUCUCAUAUUGAGAUGUACUGUGAUUUUACUGAGGUUUCAUCACAAGAAGGGAGUGUUUCUUGUGCCAUUAAUAUUAACCAUGUAGUUUGUUCCAUCACUGAAUGCUUGGAGCACUCAUCACAUGUGACUUGAAGGCUGCUCAGACAGGUAACAUCUGGAAUGACGUGUGAAAUCUCUCAGCUUGUGUGCUGUGUGGUUCUGAGUCAACCACCAUGACACUUGAUUUAUAAGGAUAAAGUUUUCUUUUUUUUCCUUUUUUUUCCUCAGACUAUGGAUAAUGUUGAUCUGAUCUUAAGCAAAUUUUCUAGUCCUAAAACCACUAUGAUAUAUAAGUGCUGUUCAGCAUAAGGAAAUGAUGCUGCUGCUUUGACAGAAAGAGAAAGAAGUAUUCUGUUUAGCCGUGUCUGGUAUUAACUGCAUGUUUAAACACUGGAAUUUUUUUUCUUGAAAUUAGGUCAGUUUUUUUUUCCUUAAAAUAUCACUGCUGACACUGAAGAAGAAAUGUAAUUCAUAACUUGCACUAAAUGUAUAUUUCGUUUCUUAAAAAUUUACCAUUCUUAUUUAUAUUUUUAUGGAUUAAAAUUUAUAAAAUACAGAUCAGUUAAUAUCGCAUUUAAAUAAUUUUACCUUUUUAAUGUGAUUUUUAUAGACUAAUUCAGACUUAAAAAGAUGGAGAUAAGAAACAAAGUUUACAAUGGAAACAAGGGUUUAAGAAGUUGUGCUUAUUUCUCUAUAAUCUGGUGUGUACAUAAACCUUUUACUUAUCUUUCACUGCCAUCCCCUGGAUUGUGUCUUCUGACUUGUCCAUUGGACCCAUUAACUAGAAAGCUGACACACUCAACCACAUUGCAGAUUAAGUUACAAGUUGUAGAAAACAUUAAAACAAACACAAACAAUAAAAUUGCAUAGGAUUUAAUUACAAUUUUAAUUUUGAACGUAAUUUUUGAAUCUUUGGGUAGGUCAUAUCUACAGUGUUCAAUUUACAUUUUCAAUUAUUCACAAUGCACAUUUUUGCAGGAUGAUACCGAAAUGUCCUGGGGGUUUUGUUUGGAAUUUUUGUUUGGGAAAUGUCUCUCUUAUCAUGGUUUUAAUUCACUAUCAGCAAAAGCAGUUUUCUCAAAGAAUUGACCGAAAAAUUCUGUGAUAAUGCAUUUUUGGUAGGAAAACGAAUUUUGCAGACUUUUUUUGAAACAACUGGUAAUGAGCUGUUUUUACAUUUUAAAAGUGAUUCUUCUCUUCCUAGUUCUUAAUAAUAUAUCUGUAAGAUUGUAAGGUCACAUAAAAUCUGUAAGGUCUUGAUUUAUAAGAUCAUGAAGCCAUAUUUGAACAAUUGAAAGCUAAGCAAAGUUUUAGGAGUCUCAAGAAAUAUUCUUGGUUGUGCUAUGUAUCUAAAGUUAGACUUCCUCCCUUUGACUGACUUUGUUUUCUAAUGGCCCCUUCAAAGUUAAUUUGACCAUCAGAGUGAAAUAAUUUCUAAAUGAUUAUUCUGGACAUACUAGUGCCAAUGUGUUUUUGCAGUGUGCAAGGCCCUGUAAAAGCAUGAACUCAUUAUUGGCUAUGGAAUUAGUUCAGUGCUUGGCCUGGAUUAUAAACCUUCAAAGGAGCAAUCAGUCUCUUUACAGAUUACUUUGAACAUUAAAACUGAUGUAUAUUUUAUUUUCCAUAUUUCUUUUUAAAAAAUUUUUAGGUCAUCCUUUCCUUGCUGAUAUUUUAGGGUGGAUGUUAAUUUUUUUCUGAAGAUGUUUCUGUCCUUCAUUUUACUGCAGAAAUACUGGGAAAGUGCCGUAUUUCGAAUGCAGUUUUCUUCUUUGGUUUUACAAUCUGUCCCACUUUCACUUUUGAUAUGUUGAGGUAUGUCCGCUUUUCAACCAAAUGACGAAAAUAGUGGAGGUUAUAAAAUAAGUGUGCCUGGGCUGAUUGGCAAAUUGGUUGGCCAUUAUUCUAAGUGGAGCGCCUUAUUGGAGUACCCUUUUUUGAGAAGGUAUGAUGAGAAUGGGCAUGAGUGUCAGCAUCUCUUAUUAAUCCUUGUUUUCAGUUUUGAUUCAUGAAGAAUGCUUAGUUUGUUAUAAUCUGUGAUGUUGCCUAGAGCUGUAUUUAUCUGUUUUUAUUUAUACUAGUGUAGUAAAGCUGCAUUUCAUUACAGUAAAAAUGAUUACUGUAAUGAGUUUAAUCAGAAAAUCUAUUAAAAUCUAUAUGACAA